AUGACCGGUUCCAUUCAGCUGAACGCCCUCGAGGUCUUUCUUCAAGGCCAUCCUACAAUCAAAUACACAUUACCGUCUUCUCCCGACUACCCCGCUGCUCGCCAGAUCUUCAACGGCGCCCGUCGUGAUAACCCCCUGGCUAUCGUCCGGCCGCAAUCCCCCUCUGAUGUUGCUACUCUUAUCAGAUAUGCCAAAUCUAGCUCCCUGCCCUUCACUAUCCGCGCGGGCGGCCAUAAUUUGGAAGGCCUUACUCUUGUUGAAGGUGCCUUGCUUAUCGACCUGCGUGCCUUGACUGCCGUCACAGUCGCUUUGGAUCGAAAAUCUGCCACUGUCCAAGGUGGUACCCUGCAGCAUGAGCUCGCCAACACGCUCUGGGCAGAGGGCCUAGUCACUCCGACAGGAGCAAUCCCGUCCGUUGGCUACGUUGGCUGGGCCACAUAUGGUGGGUAUGGUCCCUUCUCCUCGCACUGGGGCCUUGGAGUAGACCAAAUUCUCGGCGCAACUAUUGUCAACGCCGACGGCGAGAUAGUCAAAGCCGACGAGUCGCUUCUACAGGGCAUCCGCGGUGGCGGCGGUCUUUAUGGUGUCAUUCUUGAUCUCACAAUUAAGGUUUACCCACUCACUAGCCUCCUCGCUGGUGCCAUUAUUUUCGACUCUUCUGACAUCACUAAAACAUGCGUCGAUUUUAACGCAGCCCAUGAAAAGCUACUUGAGACUGAAGGUCUGCCACCGCAACUGACGCUACAGCAAAUCGCCUUCAACGCUCCCACGGGACGUGCCUUUGCCGCCAUUUUUGUCUGGAGCGGUGCAAAUAUCGAAGAAGGCCAAGCCUGGAGCGAAAAGAUCGCCAACCUUGGUCCUCUCGUAGCAAACACCGUUACGCCUACCAACAUCCCGGAAUGGUUUGAUGGUAACGGUGCCCUUGUCCCACCUGUUGCCUCUGGUUCUGCCUACACACAUAAUAUCAGCCGCGUGUCCCCGGCCAUAGCUGAGACGAUCGGAGACAGUCUCGCCAGUAUGCCGGCCGACCCGGGCACCAUGAUGUCCAUUCAUCAGCUUCGUGGGCCCUCAACGGAACCACAAGCCCAUUCUUCCCUUUUUGCGGCCCGGGAGCCCCACUAUAUGCUGGAGUUUCUGGGAUUCGCAACGCAGAAGGAUAAGGAUGUACAAGAAAAGUCAGAGAAGUGGGCCGCUCAGAUGGCAGAGGAUACUAAGCAGGCUGACCUGGAAUAUUUGUUACCUUCGGCGUAUGUGUCUUUGUAUAAUAGUACUGUUCAAGCAAAAUCGUCUGCGCAGUUGAUAGACAAGAUAUAUGUGUCGAAGGUUAAGACAUUGAAGGAACUGAAGGCCAAGUUUGACCCGGAAGACGUGUUUGGCUUGGCGGUUCCGGCAUUGAAGUAA